CUGUGAACACCGUUUCUUCCUUCUGUGCUUAUUAUUUUCGUGUAAAAUGAAUUUUUCUGCUUUUCGAAAAUUAUUUUUUGUUUCCGUAUUCGUCGCCAUCACUGUUGAAGAUGUCAGCUCGAUUGCUGUCACUCGAGUUAUCAAUCCGUGCGCCAACGGACCAGUCCUGAAUCCACCUAAUGCUCGAAAUCGAUGUGGAAAUAAGAUUGAGCCUAUCGGAAGUAAACCUUGCACAUGGGGUCCAUCAUAUUGGUGUGCAAGUGCAGAAAAUGCUAAAAAGUGUGGUCUGACAAAAGCCGAUUGUACGAAAUAUGGUGGAAUAAAAUCCGACCCUCCUACGACCACUACACCUCCUGCUAUUGUGGGAAACAAUCCGUGCACAUGGGGUCCUUCGUAUUGGUGUGCAAGCUUAGACAAUGCAAAGGAAUGUGGCUUGGCAGAAGCCGAUUGUACGAAAUAUGGUGGAAUAAAAUCCGACCCUCCUACGACCACUACACCUCCUGCUAUUGUGGGAAACAAUCCGUGCACAUGGGGUCCUUCGUAUUGGUGUGCAAGCUUAGACAAUGCAAAGGAAUGUGGCUUGGCAGAAGCUGAUUGUACCCAAUAUGGUGGAAUUAAAGCCGAAUCAACUACGACUACUGCUCCUGCUAUUGUGGGAAACAAUCCGUGCACAUGGGGUCCUUCGUAUUGGUGUGCAAGCUUAGACAAUGCAAAGGAAUGUGGCUUGGCAGAAGCUGAUUGUACCAAAUAUGGUGGAAUUAAAGCCGAAUCAACAACGACUACUGCUCCUGCUAUUGUGGGAAACAAUCCGUGCACAUGGGGUCCUUCGUAUUGGUGUGCAAGCUUAGACAAUGCAAAGGAAUGUGGCUUAACGGAGACUGAUUGUGCGAAGUAUGAAGGAAUUCAAACUACAACAGCUGUGCCGUCGCCCUAAUGCAUUUCCACCGAUGACAAACUUUCAAAUGAAGCCACUUGCAAAUUUUGCAACGUUUUUGAAAUACCUUUCGGCUGACAAAAAGAUAUGUUUCACAAACGAAAGUUGUGUAUUUUUGCGAGG